AUGACACAGCCCACGGCAAUUUUGUCUGUGUACGACAAAACAAACCUUAUUGAGCUUGCACAAGGCCUUGCAGCAAAAGGAGUACGUCUACUUGGGAGCGGCGGUACGGCGCGUGCGGUGCGUGCUGCAGGCUUGGAGAUUGGCGAUGUUUCAGACAUCACACAAGCGCCUGAGAUGUUGCAAGGUCGAGUAAAGACAUUGCAUCCAGCCGUUCACGGCGGCAUUCUUGCUCGCACAUCGCUUGAAUCGGACCGUGCAGACUUAGAUGCGCAACAAAUUGCACCGAUUGACAUUGUCGUAUGCAACUUGUAUCCAUUUGAAGAGACCGUAGCCAAAGACCCAGCACCUACACUCGCACAAGCAGUCGAAGAAGUCGACAUUGGUGGAGUAACGUUGAUUCGAGCUGCUGCAAAAAACCAUGAGCGUGUGUGGGUUCUCUGUGAUCCAUCGGACUAUGCGACGUUCCUCACGCAAUUUGGCGGCGAAGACAACGACACAGCCAAGCAAUGUCGCGAGCGCUUUGCACUGAAAGGCUUUACUCACACGGCUCACUACGAUACAGCAAUUAGCCAGUACUUCCGUCAGCAGUACGCGUCACCGCCGCGUGAGCCUGUCCAGCAAAUCACGUUGCGGUACGGCGCAAACCCACAUCAGAAGCCGGCGUGUGCGUACCUGCCUGAGCGUGAACUUCCUUUCAAGGCACUGAGUGGCUCGCCAGGCUAUAUCAACCUCCUUGACGGUCUGAAUGCCUGGGGCUUGGUCAAGGAGCUGAGUGAGGCUACGCAGCGUCCGGCAGCUGCAUCAUUCAAGCAUGUAUCGCCAGCAGGCGCAGCGGUUGCCGUGCCACUGACAGAGACGGAGGCCAAGGCCUACUUCGUCGCAGACUUGGGACCACUGUCUGAUCUGGCUACUGCUUACGCUCGUGCGCGUGGCGCUGAUCGUAUGAGCAGUUUUGGCGACUUCAUUGCAUUGUCGCACACUUGCGAUGAGCAAACAGCACGCAUUAUCUCGCGCGAAGUCAGUGAUGGUGUUAUUGCGCCAGGCUUUGAGCCAGCGGCAUUGGAGUUGCUUGCAGCCAAGAAGAGUGGCAAGUAUUGUGUGCUGCAGAUGGACCCAGCAUACGUGCCAGAUGUGACCGAGACUCGACAAGUAUACGGCGUCACGCUGCAGCAGCGUCGGAACGACCUUAAAGUAACGCCUGACCUGUUUAAGGAGCGUGUGAGCGCAUUGAAAGACUUGCCUGACUCGGCCUUGCUCGACAUGAUUGUGGCCACUAUUGCGCUCAAGUACACACAGUCGAACAGUGUCUGUUACGCAUUGCAUGGUCAGGUCAUCGGCCUGGGUGCUGGGCAGCAGUCUCGUAUCCACUGCACACGCCUGGCAGGAGGCAAGACCGAUAAUUGGUGGCUUCGGCAGCACCCGCGCGUGCUGGCAUUGCCGUUCAAGAAAGGCACGAAGCGUCCAGACAAGAGCAAUGCAAUUGACUUGUUCGUCGAAGGCACGCCGCUCCGAGGUGAAGAGCGUGUGCAAUGGGAGUCUGUGUUUGAGACGGUGCCUGAGCCUCUGAGCCAGGAGGAGCGGGCCCAACACGCUGCCGCAUUGCAGAACGUCGUUGUUGCCAGCGAUGCAUUCUUUCCAUUCCCUGACAAUGUCUUCCGCGCUGCGCGCUCCGGGGCCAAGUACAUUGCUGCUCCAGGUGGGAGUGUGAUGGACGACGCAUGUGUCGCUGCAGCUGAUGCGCAUAACAUGGUGGUCGCCCGUACGAAUGUGCGUCUUUUCCACCACUAG